UUGCUUAGCAAAGUCAUGAAUCAUGUGGUCAAUUUCCUCAGUUAUCAUCCACUGACCACCAUCAAUCAAUCAGCAUUAGUAUUCUUACUCCCGCAGGUCUCACCUCAUUAGCAUAUGACAUCAACGUGACAAAUGUGUACCAUUUUCCCUUUUCCCGGAAACAAACGAACCGCCGUCAGAAACAGCAAAAUCCCUCCAAUCCCAACAAUUUUCUUAUUUCUUAUUUCUUAUUUCUUCUCCAUCACUCCCACUCCUUCACUCAUUCAUUCAUUAUUCCCUCUCUGUAACCCUUCCGAUUCUCUGCACACUUUCUGACUCUAAAAAUCAUUCAGAUUCUCUGCUCCAUCUCUGCUUUAAGGUUAUCAUCAAUGGAGACUCUAACUGUUACUCCGUCAAUUCGUCUCUCUCCUCACAAUCACCGUCAGCUUUUAUCAUCUCUUUCGUUUCCGACCGUUGAUUUUAGUUUGAAUUCGCGGUUUUAUUCUCGAGCUCGUUCUCUUUCUACUCGAUGUCCUCUCAAAUGCUCCGCUGUUUUGUCUUCUCCUUCAGUUGUGAACAAUUCGACGGAAUUUGUUGAAGCAGCGCAGAAAGGAAAUUUAAUUCCUUUGUUUAAGUGUAUUUUCUCUGAUCAUUUAACUCCUGUACUUGCCUAUCGGUGUUUAGUUUCAGAAGAUGAUCGUGAAGCGCCUAGUUUUUUGUUUGAAGCUGUUGAACCCGGAGUUCUUAACUCUCAUAUGGGAAGAUAUAGUAUUGUUGGAGCUCAACCAAGUAUGGAAAUUGUGGCCAAAGAGAAUUCUGUGACAGUGAUGGAUCAUCAAGAAGGGAAGAGGACUGAAGAGUUUGUGGAGGAUCCACUUACUGUCCCGAGGAAGAUAAUGGAUAAAUGGGAACCACACUUGAUUGAUGAGCUUCCUGAUGUCUUUUGCGGUGGAUGGGUUGGUUAUUUCUCUUAUGACACUGUUCGUUAUGUGGAGAAGAAGAAGAUCCCUUUUUCAAAUGCACCUCAUGAUGACAGGAAUUUACCUGAUGUUCAUUUAGGCUUGUACGACAAUGUGAUUGUGUUUGAUCAUGUGGAGAAGAAAGUAUAUGUUAUACAUUGGGUUCGAGUGGAUCGUUUUAAGUCCGCAGAGGAGGCUUAUAAAGAUGGAGUUGAAUGCUUAGAUCAUUUGUUGUCUAAGGUGCAAGAUAUAGCAACCCCCAGGCUACUCCCUGGCUCCAUCAAAUUACAGACCCGCCUCUUUGGUACUGAGUUGAAGACGUCAAAUAUGACUAGUGAAGAAUACAAAACUGCUGUUUUGCAAGCCAAGGAACAUAUCUUGGCUGGUGACAUAUUUCAAAUUGUAUUAAGUCAACGUUUUGAGAGAAGAACAUUUGCAGAUCCAUUUGAAGUUUAUAGGGCAUUGAGAAUUGUUAACCCUAGCCCAUAUAUGGGAUAUCUACAAGCAAGAGGGUGUAUUUUGGUUGCUUCUAGCCCAGAGAUCUUGACCCGUGUAAAGAAAGGAAAGAUCACUAACAGACCUCUAGCUGGAACUAUCAGAAGAGGAAAGACGCCAAGAGAAGAUGUCAUGCUGGAAAACCAGCUUUUGAAUGAUCAAAAGCAAUGUGCUGAGCAUAUAAUGCUGGUUGAUCUGGGGAGGAAUGAUGUUGGAAAGGUUUCCAAAAGUGGUUCUGUGAAGGUUGAAAAGCUUAUGAAUAUUGAGCGGUAUUCGCAUGUGAUGCAUAUCAGUUCUACAGUGACAGGGAAGCUGCUCGAUAAUUUGACAAGUUGGGAUGCUUUACGUGCUGCAUUACCUGUUGGGACAGUUAGUGGAGCGCCAAAGGUGAAAGCCAUGGAGUUGAUAGAUGAGCUUGAAGUCAAUAGACGAGGACCAUACAGUGGUGGAUUUGGUGGAAUCUCUUUCAACGGGGACAUGGAUAUAGCUCUUGCUUUGAGAACUAUGGUGUUUCCAACGGCAACGCGAUAUGAUACAAUGUAUUCGUACAAGGAUGUUGAUCGAAGAAGAGAAUGGGUAGCUCACCUUCAGGCUGGCGCUGGUAUUGUUGCUGACAGUGAUCCUGCGGAUGAACAGAGGGAGUGCGAAAAUAAGGCUGCUGGGCUUGCUCGUGCAAUUGAUCUUGCCGAGUCAUCUUUCUUGGAGAAGGAAUAAAUUAUGUCAGAUCCUUUUUUCUCUGCUCAUGUAGGUCGAUCCAUAGAAUUGAGACUCAUUAUUUUAGCUGUGUAUUUAAGGGUAGGCUCGAAAUUGGGCACAAUAUUGUUGUAUGUUUUGAUUAGAUAGAUAAAAGCUGUUGUAGACUUGUAUCACUAAUAACUUUGGGGUGUAAUUGUGGUUUCAAUUUGAGGACUGUAGAAAAAUAAAAGUAACAGUUCUUUUAAACAAAAUUCUGGCUGCAAACUUGCAUUUUUGUUUUUAGGUUGGUCAUCACGCAAUCUCACUCUUUCGUUGCAUUAUUAUCUAGAACAAUUUUCGGUUUGGAACUGGGAAUGUUAACAAAAACGGGAACGAAAACAAGGUAUGCA